AAUAAUUUGUACUAUUUGUAUUUUGACUUGUAAAAAUUUGAUUUCGUUAGCAAAUUUUAACUUAAUUUAAUACUUCUUUAAAAAUCUUUAUAUUCGUAAUAUUGUGUUAUUAAGGUACAACAUCUAAUAUUCAUCACUAAAGAAUAUGAAGGAGAAAAAAAGUCACGAUUCGUCAAGCAAGCAUAAGCACAAAAAAAGCAAGAAACAUAAAAAAGAGAAAGAGAGAAAAUCCAGUUCUCAUCAGUCAGAUAGUGAUGAAAUUGAAUGGGUAGAAGCACCUCCACCUCCACCUCCAAACGUAAGGGAGCCAAAAGAGGAGAGACAAGAAUGGAUGAAUGAAGAACUUUUUGUUUCCACUCUUAGUCGGGAGGAAAUGAAAUCUGGAAGUAGCAAUCGUGAAAGAAAGAAAUUGGCACUGGAAAAGCAGCAAGAAAAAGAGGAGGCAAUCAAGCAAGCAAGAGAGUUGAAUCCACAUUGGAAAAACAAUGGAAGUGGACUUCCAGAUGAAGAACCAGAUGUAAAAAGUCUUCAGUUGCCAUCUUCUUCUGUUGGUGAUGGUGGAUAUAAUUAUCUAAAGAAAGCUUAUAUUCGCAUUCAAGAACAAGCACAAAGAGAAGGAAGAUCCAUGGAAGAGGUGGCAGUAGAACGAUGGGGGUCUCUAGACAAAUUAGUGUCAAUGAUUGAUGAAGCUGAAGCUCGUAUGGAAACUCAUUCUCGAGAUAGGUACAAGUCCCAUCACAAACGGCAUAAAGAUUAUAGAGAAAGAGAGCAUUCCAAUCAUUUCCAAAAGCCUUCUGAUCACCACCGAUCUCCAUCUCCUGAACAUUCUUAUCGCUUUCAGAAACCUAGAGACUAUGAUCGUAAUAGAAAGAAAAAUUACCUUGUCAGUAGCAGUACUGAUCAGAAACGAAAAUUCUAUGAUGAUGUAUCGACUUUUGAUGAAAAAGACCAUUCAUCUCAGCAAGAAAAAACAACUAAGUCAGGGAAAGAAGAUUGCAUGGUAUGGGAAAGAACUAGUUCACCAAGCAGUAAGCCACGUGUUCCUGCUUGGAAAAAGGUGAAGGCUAUUGAAGAAAACCCUUCAAAACAUGAAAUUGAAGAACAGGAGCAAGAAUCCGUCCCUGAGGACAGAUCUAGUGAUUCCAGAAAAAGCACUUCUCAUGAGCCAGCAGUUAUCUGCUCAGAAGAUGAUUUGAAUCGUCUUGCUGCAAAAUAUUUCAAAGCUAAUUUAUCUGGUGAUGUUGCUGAAGCAUCACGACUUAAAGAAGAGCUAGACAAAGCUAGGGAAAGUUUCAAAUCAAAAGGAAUGAAAUCUGACUCAGAAGCAUCUACUCGCCAAAAGGAAAAGGUACUCUUGACUAAAAUGAACAGCAGCGGUUAUCAGCAACCCAUUAGCUCUUCAAGGGAAGAAGCAGGAUUUGAUCGCAACUCUGGAAGCAAGAAAAGAUCAGAAAAAUUCUUUGAUGAUACCAGUCGCUAUUCUUUAAAACAAAUGUUUGAACGAGAGAAAUUAACUACUACAGAUGAUAAUAUUGAAAUGUUUCUGGAUGUUGCUGCAGAGUGCAAUGAUAAAAAUGCUAGAGAUGAAGAUGAUGAAACAAGUGAUAUUUCCAAAAAGGCACGACAAAAAAUGAGCCACAGUGUACAAGAGGAAAAGGAUAUUGGUCGAGCCAUUCAACAGCAUCAAAAGCUGAGUUUUGCUCUUAAAAAGUGUGUGUACUGUAUGGAUAAUCCCGAUAUGAAACGUCAUUUGAUUGUCUCGAUUUCAGAACAUGCAUAUUUAUGUCUUCCUAGUUUCCAAUCUUUAACUGAGCAUCAUUGUUUGAUUGUUCCCAAACGACAUGUCUCAUCAUUUCUUCAACUAGAUGAGGAUGAAUGGAAUGAUGUUGAAGAUAUGAAGAAUACAUUGCGGCGCUUCUUUAAAAAGAAGGAUAAAACUCUCCUUUGCCUGGAAACUAGCAUGUAUUUCAGACAUUAUCCCCAUGCUUUUCUUGAGUGCAUUCCUGUUCCUGAAGAAGAGGGAGACAUGGCUCCACUCUAUUUCAAGAAAGCUCUUCUGGAAUCUGAAGAAGAAUGGACACACAACAUUAAAUUAAUCGAUUUAACAAGAAAAGGUUUGCGACGAUCUGUACCAAAAAGUUUACCUUAUUUUUGUAUAUCAUUUGACCCAUCUGUCCAUGCUGGAUUUGCCCAUGUUAUUGAAGAUGAAAAGCAAUUUCCUAAGCAUUUUGGAAAAGAAGUUGUUGGUGGUAUGUUAGAUAUUGAUUAUCAUCAUCUUUACAAGAAUAAAAAGGAUGACCCAGUGAAAAAAUCAGCAGAAGCUUUACACCUCACUCGAAUGCUGGAAAAGUUCACAGAAGGAAAAGAAUAGUGAAGUGAUUUUUUUUUACGAAAAAUCUUUAUCAUGUGAAGUCUUGUAGUAGAUUUGUAUAGUAAUGCUACAACUUUUGUGUAAAUAUUUGUACAUGUGAAUAAAAUUCAUGUUAAAUUUUGUAUUUUUAAA